AUGGCUGAGCUCCAUAGAAUACAAGAACUCGAUCUCUUCGCCUUCAUGGCCGAUUGUAUUCUCCUGAUUCUGAAUAUGCAUGGGACCGCGGGGGCGCCUUUGCUGCAGCGCCUUCGACUGAAGUCAUUCCCAUCACCCAUCGCCACCUCGAUGCCACCCGAUAUCUUGCGUCGGGAGAUACCUUGUCUUCAUCGCCUAGAACUCGAGGACAUGAACUUUUCUCCUGCGCUACCUCCUUUCCCUCACCUCAGAUAUCUGAGCAUUUCGCUCAGCACCUCUACCAUCACCCCUUCAUCCUUGCUCACUUCCAUCCAGUAUGCGCCAAACUUGAGACAGAUCCAUAUCUCUGGCAUGGCCAACGACCGUGACUCGGCCCCCACGACAGCACGCGUUCGUCUCCCCCACCUUGUGUCUAUCUCCAUCACAUCCAACGACAUGACAUUGAAUCCUCCGCCAUCUUCGCCAGCCUUGAGUAUCCCCCAGUGCCACCGUAGCAUUCACGAGCAGACGGGCCCCAUGAUAAUGCCAGAUCUAUCCAAUUCCAAUCUAAUUUCAAUUCUUCGUCACAUCAUCGUACCAGGUGCCGCAUUGAUUCAGAGAGUCGAACUAAGCACCAAGGAUCCUGGCCAAUUCCAGUUAUCUACGUGGGGCCCAGGACCUCAGAGCCCCCCUUCGCUCGUCAUCUCCCUAGCACUGGCUUUUGACGAUCAUUAUCCCCUAGUCCGCUCGAUACUAUGCCACUAUGCCAGGCGUUACCCCUCGAAAAUCCUUGCCUUGGAAAUCCAAGAUUUCUCCCUGCCGUUGCACCCAGACUGGGAGAGCAUUUUCAACCGCUGCAACGAGGUGGCUCGCCUGCGCUUUAGCCACGUCCGAUCUGACCGAGUCGCCUUUCCCGAGAUUGCAAGAGAUUCACCUGGUGUCCUUGGAGUGGGAGUCCGGGCCGUGAUCAUCAAGAUGUGCUCUGUCACUGAAGACACGAUCGAGAAUCUCAGCAAAUACACAAAAGUCGACUGGGAUGGCACGGAGUCGGUCUCGGAGGAUGAGGAAGAGAAGGAGGGGGACUCUGAAGAUGAAUACGACUUUGAGUGUGGAUUUGGAGCAGUCUGA